AUGCCACACCACCCCCUGAGAAAAAACCGCCCUUCUCUCUGCCUGUCGUUUUUGUUUGUAUCAAAAAAGAAAACAUUACAAGCACCAACCCCUACCCCACUAUCUCCUUCUUCUCUCUCUCUCCCUCCCUCUUCCCCUCUUAAGUGGGUUUUGCAUUUCGCAAAGCCAUGAACCCCAUGGUUAUUAGCCAAAUCGGGGGCGACCCACUUCAUAGUUAUCUGCUAUUUCAAGGAAAAUCCUACACAUAACCCAUUUCAUUAUCUCCAUCUUCUUUAAUAUUCCUUUUAAAAGACGCUUACUCUUCUUUUUAGUUUCACUCUUCAUAACUUUCCCUAUUUGCCUUGGCCGAUGUCCUGUCUGCGCCAAAACAUUCGCUCCCCCUUCCCCCCGACCUUUUGGUUGAAUCUAGAGAAAAUAAGCGGGUACCCAUUUGGUUUCUGAGGCUGGAAACAAGGGUUAUGGUUUAUCGCUUGUAAUGAUUCAGGAGUCUUGCUGACUGUAAGAUCUUUCUGAUUCCUGAAUUUCUUUAAUUAUGGAGGGGGAGACAUCAUGGAUAAACCAUUGCCUGGAUGAGAUGGAGAGAGAUAUUAGUGAGUUUGAUUCAUUCUCUGAGCUUAGUGAUGAAUGCAGCAGAGAAGGCAGUGCCGUAUCAGUAGAUUUAAUUCUUCCUGAUGAUUUGUUGGAAAGAAUCCUUGCUUAUCUCCCAAUUGCAAGUAUUUUCAGAGCUGGCUCUGUUUGCAGAAGAUGGCAUGAGAUUGUUAGUUCAAGAAGGUUUUUAUGGAAUUUCUCACAUGUCCUCUCACAAAAACCUUGGUAUUUUAUGUUUACAAGCUCAGAUGAACCAUUUGGCUAUGCCUAUGAUCCCAUCCUUAGGAAAUGGUACAACAUUGACCUCCCUUGCAUUGAGACAUCAAACUGGUUCAUUGCAUCAUCUUGUGGGUUGGUUUGCUUCAUGGAUAAUGACAGUAGAAGUAAGUUGUAUGUCUGCAAUCCCAUCACUAAAGACUGGAAAAAGCUUGGUGAGCCGCCAGGUUUGAAAUUUUCUGACUACAGUGCACUUUCAAUAUGGGUGAACCGAACAUCACAUAGAUACUCUGUUGCAAUUGUGAAGUCCAAGCAAGUUCCUGGAAAUUUUUUCCAGUGGGAUCUCUCAAUUCACGUUUAUGAUUCGGAGAAAAUGAUGUGGAUGACCUCUCUGACAGAGGUCCUGUUAGGAUGGAGAGGUGGUGAUGAGAGUGUGAUCUGUGAUGGGGUAUUGUACUUCUUGAUUUAUUCAACUGGGGGUGGCACACCAGAAAACCGGCAUGGCUUGAUUACAUACAACCUUUCUAGCAGAUCUUCCCAUGGCUUGUUGAUAAGGAGCUUUAUCCCGGUUCCUUGUCCCCUUACAUGUGGCAGGUUGAUGAACGUGAAGGAGAAGCUGGUAAUGGUGGGAGGAAUUGGAAAGCAAGAUCGCCCCGACAUAAUAAAGGGUAUUGGUAUCUGGGUUCUAAAUGGGAAGGAGUGGCAAGAGGUUGCCCGUAUGCCUCACAAGUUUUUUCAAGGAUUUGGGGAGUUUGAUGAUGUUUUUGCUAGCAGCGGCACGGAUGAUAUAAUCUACAUCCAGAGCUACGGAGCUCCUGCUCUUCUAACUUAUGACAUGAACCAGAAACAAUGGAAAUGGUCACAGAAGUGCCCGGUGACAAAAAGGUUCCCACUUCAGCUCUUUACUGGUUUUUGCUUCGAACCGAGACUCGAAAUUACUCCCUGAUUUGUUUCUCCAAGGAUUGAAAAUAUGGUGUUAUGGGCAAUAACAUCUGCAAAUCCUUAGUUUUUUUUUUUUUUUUUUUUUGUCUCUUUUGCGUUUCGUUUUUCACUUAUGGUAUCCAAAAGUUCACACAAAAAAAGUACGGGCAGAUACAGCUGCUGCUUAUUCGAGAUAUUGGAAUAUUAUUCUUUGCAUUGGAAUUACAUAUAUAUGCUCACAGAGGCAUCACAAAGUUUGAAUCC